CGCCUCCACCCCGGACCGCUGCACCCGAGUGCACACAGGCUCCCUGCUGGGCACAAACAGCUCCACCAUGGGGCUGGCCUGGGGACUCAGUGUCCUAUUCCUGUUGCACGCAUGUGGCUCCAGCCGCAUUCCUGAGUCUGGGGGAGACAACAGCGUGUUCGACAUCUUUGAACUCACCGGGGCUGCCCGUAAGGGCUCCGGGCGCCGCCUGGUGAAGGGUCCUGACCCUUCCAGCCCAGCUUUCCGCAUUGAGGAUGCCAACCUAAUCCCCCCCGUGCCUGAUGACAAGUUCCAAGACCUGGUGGAUGCUGUGCGGGCAGAGAAAGGCUUCCUUCUCUUGGCCUCCCUGAGGCAAAUGAAGAAGACCCGAGGCACGCUGCUGGCCAUAGAACGGAAAGACCACUCGGGCCAGGUCUUCAGUGUGGUCUCCAAUGGCAAAGCGGGCACCUUGGACCUGAGCCUGACCGUGCAGGGGAUGCAACACGUGGUGUCGGUGGAAGAAGCGCUGCUGGCGACCGGCCAGUGGAAGAGCAUCACCCUGUUUGUGCAGGAGGACCGGGCCCAGCUGUACAUUGGCUGUGAGAAAAUGGAGAACGCAGAGCUGGACGUCCCCGUCCAGAGCAUCUUCACCAGGGACCUGGCCACCACGGCCAGGCUCCGCGUCGCAAAAGGAGGAGUCAAUGACAAUUUCCAGGGGGUGCUGCAGAACGUGAGGUUUGUCUUUGGAACCACACCAGAAGCCAUCCUCAGGAAUAAAGGCUGUUCGAGCGCCACCAGUGUCCUUCUCACCCUCGACAACAAUGUGGUAAACGGCUCCAGCCCUGCCAUCCGCACUAACUACAUUGGCCACAAGACGAAGGAUCUGCAGGCCAUCUGCGGCAUCUCCUGUGAUGAGCUGUCCAGCAUGGUCCUGGAGUUGAGGGGCCUGCGCACCAUCGUGACCACGCUCCAGGACAGCAUCCGCAAAGUGACUGAAGAGAACAAAGAGUUGGCCAUUGAGCUGAGGAGGCCUCCCCUCUGCUACCACAAUGGAGUUCAGUACAGGAAUAAUGAGGAGUGGACCGUUGAUAGCUGCACGGAGUGCCACUGUCAGAACUCCGUUACCAUCUGCAAGAAAGUGUCCUGCCCUAUCAUGCCCUGCUCCAAUGCCACUGUCCCUGACGGAGAAUGCUGUCCACGGUGUUGGCCCAGCGACUCUGCGGAUGACGGCUGGUCCCCAUGGUCCGAGUGGACCUCCUGCUCUGCGACCUGUGGCAAUGGAAUCCAACAGCGCGGUCGCUCCUGUGACAGCCUCAACAACCGAUGCGAGGGCUCCUCUGUCCAGACGCGGACCUGCCAUAUUCAGGAGUGCGAUAAGAGAUUUAAACAGGAUGGCGGCUGGAGCCACUGGUCCCCAUGGUCGUCUUGUUCCGUGACCUGUGGCGAUGGUGUGAUCACAAGAAUUCGACUCUGCAAUUCUCCGAGCCCCCAGAUGAACGGGAAGCCAUGUGAAGGCGAAGCCCGGGAGACCAAAGCCUGCCAGAAAGACGCCUGCCCCAUCAAUGGAGGCUGGGGUCCCUGGUCGCUGUGGGACCUCUGUUCUGUCACCUGUGGAGGAGGGGUGCAGAAACGUAGCCGGCUCUGUAACAACCCCACACCCCAGUUUGGAGGCAAGGACUGUGUCGGCGACGCGACAGAAAACCAGAUCUGCAACAAGCAGGACUGCCCAAUUGACGGAUGCCUGUCCAAUCCCUGCUUUGCUGGGGUCAAGUGCACGAGUUACCCGGACGGCAGCUGGAAGUGCGGUGCCUGUCCCCCGGGCUACAGCGGAAAUGGCGUCCAGUGCCAAGACGUGGAUGAGUGCAGAGAAGUACCUGACGCCUGCUUCCACCACAGCGGCGAGCACCGGUGUGAGAACACGGACCCCGGCUACAACUGCCUGCCCUGCCCGCCGCGCUUCACGGGCACACAGCCCUUCGGCCAGGGUGUGGACUACGCCACCGCCCACAAACAGGUGUGCAAGCCGCGCAACCCCUGCACGGACGGGACGCACGACUGCAACAAGAACGCCAAGUGCAGCUACCUGGGCCACUACAGCGACCCCAUGUACCGCUGCGAGUGCAAGCCCGGCUACGCGGGCAAUGGCAUCAUCUGCGGGGAGGACACAGACCUGGACGGAUGGCCCAACGAGGACCUGGUGUGCGUGGCCAAUGCCACCUACCACUGCAAAAAGGAUAACUGCCCCAACCUGCCCAACUCCGGGCAGGAGGACUACGACAAGGACGGGAUCGGCGACGCCUGUGAUGACGAUGAUGACAAUGAUAAAAUCCCAGACGACAGGGACAACUGCCCCUUCCAUUACAACCCAGCCCAGUAUGACUAUGACCGAGAUGAUGUGGGAGACCGCUGUGACAACUGCCCCUACAACCACAACCCAGAUCAGGCUGACACGGACAGCAACGGGGAAGGAGAUGCCUGUGCCGCGGACAUCGAUGGGGACGGUAUCCUCAAUGAACGAGACAACUGCCAGUAUGUCUACAACGUGGACCAGAGGGACACAGAUAUGGAUGGGAUUGGAGAUCAGUGUGACAACUGCCCCCUGGAACACAAUCCAGAUCAGCUCGACUCUGACUCAGACCGCAUUGGAGAUACCUGUGACAACAAUCAGGAUAUUGAUGAAGAUGGCCACCAGAACAACCUGGACAACUGUCCCUAUGUGCCCAAUGCCAACCAGGCUGACCAUGACAAAGAUGGCAAGGGAGAUGCCUGUGACCAUGAUGAUGACAAUGAUGGCAUUCCUGAUGAUAGGGACAACUGCAGACUCGUGCCCAAUCCUGACCAGAAGGAUUCUGAUGGUGAUGGUCGAGGUGAUGCUUGCAAAGAUGACUUUGACCAUGACAAUGUGCCAGACAUCGAUGACAUCUGUCCUGAAAACAUUGAUAUCAGUGAGACUGACUUCCGCCGAUUCCAGAUGAUUCCUCUAGAUCCCAAAGGGACAUCCCAGAAUGACCCUAACUGGGUUGUACGCCAUCAGGGUAAAGAACUUGUCCAGACCGUCAACUGUGAUCCUGGACUUGCUGUAGGUUAUGAUGAGUUUAAUGCCGUGGACUUCAGUGGCACCUUCUUCAUCAACACUGAAAGGGAUGACGACUAUGCUGGAUUUGUGUUUGGCUACCAGUCUAGCAGCCGCUUUUAUGUCGUAAUGUGGAAGCAAGUCACCCAGUCCUACUGGGACACCAACCCCACUAGGGCUCAGGGAUACUCAGGCCUUUCUGUGAAAGUCGUGAACUCUACCACCGGGCCAGGAGAGCAUCUGCGGAAUGCCCUGUGGCACACGGGAAACACCCCAGGCCAGGUUCGCACUCUGUGGCAUGACCCUCGUCACAUAGGCUGGAAAGAUUUCACUGCCUACAGAUGGCGUCUUAGCCACCGGCCCAAGACCGGCUUCAUUAGAGUGGUGAUGUAUGAAGGGAAGAAAAUCAUGGCUGACUCAGGACCCAUCUAUGACAAAACCUAUGCUGGUGGUAGGCUAGGGUUGUUUGUCUUCUCUCAAGAAAUGGUGUUCUUCUCCGACCUGAAAUACGAAUGCAGAGAUUCCUAAUCAUCAAACUGUUGAUCAAAAGACUGAUCCUAACCAAUGCUGGUGUUGCACCUUCUGGAACCACGGGCUUAAGAAAACCCCCAGGAUCCCUCCUCCCUGCCUUUUCUCUGCUUGCAUAUCAUUGUGGACUCCUAAAAUAUGGGACUUGCCUUGAGAAAAUGCCAUUUUCCCCAAUCAGACUCAGCAUGCAGCUUCUGAAUGCAAAGAGAAUCGUCCAAGAACAUCAACAGUCUCGUUGGUUUGCUUUUUAAGAAGCAAACGCAUCCACGUGCUUCAGCUAGCAGGUGGCUGUCCACUCUGUUUCUGUCAGAGUAGAGUGCUAUUCGGAGCAGUGGACUCCAAAGCAUUUCCAGGCAUGUGAGAGAAGGGAGGACUCACUAGAAUUGGCAAACUGCCACCCUUGACAGACUCCCUCAGAACGAGGGGGAGCAGGGGCCAAAGCCCUAAGGGGCGGGCGUGUCCCCAAGAGAUGAUUGUAUGAAGACAAGAUGGAGGAGCUGUUACGUGUUCGGUACUAAAUCAUUUUCAGGGGAUUGGAAGACUCUUGCUGGAUUUCAUGAUGCUAACCAGUGUUAGCUGAUUAAGCCGCGUACAUAGGCACUUAAAUAGAAGCAGGGAAGGGAGGGAAAGACUGGCUUCUGGACUUCCUCACGGAUCCCCAUCCCUUACCUAUCACCCAUAGUGACCACAAUAGGGAGUGAGAAUUAAGCCGGUGGAAGGCUGUGCUGGCUGCCCCUGCCUGCUUACCUUGAAAUUGUUGGUUUUAUUCCACACCUAGCUUGUGCAGAUGCAGCAGAAAAAUCAGAAAACCUACCAUCUCAGUGAGCACUCGGCUGCCUCCAAAGCGAUGUACAGCCGUGCUCGUAUUUUUAUGGUUAGAAAGGCACAAAAUUAUCAACUAAAACAUUCCUUGUCUCUUUCCUGAAUAUCAUGGACUUUUCCAACUCUUUUAGACUGUAGUUUUUUUUUAAUUUUUUACAAACACUUUACAAUAUAAAAUAUUUAUUUUUUACUUACUCUGGAGGAUCUGUCUGAAAGACUAUUCAUGGAACAGGAAGAAGCGUAAGGACUAUCCAUAUCAGCUUUGUUAGGAGUCUUCAUGACUGUAAGAUUGUAAAUACAGAUUAUUUAUUUACUCUGUUCUACCUGGAAUCUAGGUUUCAUAUGGAAAGUGUCUGACAGCAGGUAGUGGAGAUUUAUCAACAAAUCUCUCAAGAACGGCACGAGGAACAUCAGAGUGAGCUGCUCUUCACUUUGUGCUCAGAGUGAAUGAUUUGGGAUCUUUUUUGUCUUUUCAAGUGGAAUUAGUUGUCCAUUUGCUAGUGUCUUUAAGUUUCAAAGCAAGCCAUGAGGCCUUUCAAUCUGUCGCGCCCCAUCCCUUGUGCCUAUUUCCAGGGAGAAGAAAAUCAUCUACACUUUUUUGUUUUUCCAAAAGAGAAAAAAAAAAUAACAAAGGUGAAACUUAUAUACAAAUAUUACCUCAUUUGUUGUGUGACUGGGUAAAGAAUUUUUGGAUCAAGCAGAAAGAGUUUAAGUGUCUUACAGACUUAAAGCUACUGUAGUACCUUUAAAAAAAAAAAAAAAAAAGCAGUGUUGUACAUAGUAUAAAAAUUCUUUGCAGAAAAGUAUUCCCAAUAAGGAAAUAGCAUGGAAAUGUUAAAUACAUUUUCUGAAAGUUAUGUUUUUUUCUAUCUUAUGCCAUUGCUUUAUUUUUAUAAAUUAUUUUCUCAUUGCCCUUGGAAUAGAUCUCAGAUUGUGUAGAUAUGCUAUUUAAAUAAUUUAUCAGGAAAUACUGCCUGUAGAGUUAGUAUUUCUAUUUUUAUAAAAUGUUUGCACACUGAAUUGAAGAAUUGUUGGGGUUUUUGUUUUGUUUUUGAUUUGUUUUUCGCUUGUUACUAUCCCCCCAGUUUUUACUAUUUGCCAAUACCUUUUUCUAGGAAUGUGCUUUUUUUGUACACAUUUUUAUCCAUUUUACAUUCUAAAGCAGUGUAAGUUGUAUAUUACUGUUUCUUAUGUACAAGGAACAACAAUAAAUCAUAUGGAAAUUUAUAUUUAUA